CCAUUACCCGCCCACGGCUAAGCUAUGGGGAUGCUUCCCAAAAUUCCGCCACAUUUGAUGACACUGGCUGACCUUACAGUUCCCCAAAUCAAUCGUUUACUCGCACAUUCCUUCUAUUCCAAGCAAUUAAGCAAACCUUGGCUGAAACCCCAUACUCCCAAUACCAAGAAGCAUUCAUUGAAAUUACCUUCCCAAAGCCUUUUCAACAAAACUGUUGCUUUACUCUUUUCGAAAAGGAGUACACGAACCCGUGUAUCUGCAGAGACAAGUGCCACCCUUCUUGGGGGACGGGCACUUUUUUUGGGGAAGGAAGAUAUACAGUUAGGUGUAAACGAGAGCCCUAGGGACACUGCCAGGGUAAUUGGGGGAAUGUGCGAAGGUAUCUUUGCUCGCGUUGGUGAUCAUACAGAAAUUGAAGAACUUGCGAAAUACUCUCCCGUUCCUGUAAUAAACGCCCUCUCUUCUCUGUGGCACCCUACCCAAAUUCUCGCUGAUCUUUUAACGUUACACGAACAUGCACACGAGUUCGCACCUGCAACACAAAAGGAUGACCUUUCUCAUCUCCAAACGUCGAUAAAAGCGCGAAAACACCAAAAAGUGCAAAGUUUCCCCGACCUCAGGCCUCUUACUGUCGCUUAUAUCGGUGAUUCCGCUAACGUGUUGCACGAUAUGCUGGUCACCUACCCGAGGUUAGGACAUCAACUUCGUGUGGCGAGCCCGGAGAAAUAUAGGGCUCCUCCUGAAGUUUGGAAAAAGGUAGAGGAACUCGAAUGUGACAAGGGAAUCUGGUGGGGAACUGAUCCCCGUGAAGCCGUGAAUGGUGCAGAUGUAGUCAUCACAGACACUUGGAUUUCGAUGGGGCAGGAAGCGGAGAAAGCUCAGAGGUUGCAAGAUUUCGACGGCUACCAAGUGACUGAGGCCCUUUGCCGGGAAGGAGGUGCUAACCCUGACUGGAAGUUCAUGCACUGCCUACCCAGGAAGCAAGAUGAAGUUGACGAUGAGGUCUUCUAUGGUCCCCGGUCCCUCGUCUUUCCAGAGGCGGACAAUCGCAAAUGGACCAUCAUGGCCAUCUUCGACCUCUUUGUCGGAAAAUGGAGUAUUGAGGACAAACGUGAAGGAAAAACGGAAGGAUCGAACUAGUAGACAAAGUUAUGCCAUGCAA